GGGCCGCAGCAUCUGAAGUACCACCAUCAUGUCAGAACAUUCAGAACUGCUCAAUGUUGGCAAUUGCUGCUCUAUAUGCUCUCAGAUUGAUUUUCUUCCGAUAGAAUGUCCUUCCUGCCAGAACAAGUUUUGCAAAGAUCAUAUUCUGGUUGGAGCACACUCAUGCCGCUCCGCUAAUCGCAUCGACUCGAUAGGAUCGUUCGGGAAGCUCCAAAGAUGUGCUUUGGAUGGAUGUAAAAAUCUUAGUCUAAAUGCAUCCAGCUCUUUAUCCAACCUACCUACGUGCACGGCAUGUCAAGGCUCAUUCUGUGCCGAACAUCGCGAGCCUGCUUCACACAAUUGUUCUCAAAAAGAAGGGGUGUUAGAACCCACGAGAAAUGAGAGUGCGCGAGCCCUUCUGGCGAAGAACUUUGCUUCUAGUAAAAGCCACAAAUCUGCACUGAAACAUCGAAUUUCUGCAAGACCUACAGAUCCUGCAAAGUUGGCUCAAUUUCGGCAGUUGGAGUUGAUGAAGCUACGACAACGCGCUUCUCCCUUAGAUCCGAAGCAUCAGAGUUCAGCGAUGCCUGUAGAUAAGCGUCGGUUUUUCAAAGCAACUAUAGAUGGUGAAACAAAUGAUCUAUGGAUAGAGAAGGCACUCAUGACUGGUAAAGCAUUUGAUCUACUUGCUCUUCGUUUCGGAAUUUCAAUAACUGCAACGGAUUCACAGAAGUACCAAUUGCUCAAGGUAUCCGAUGACGCGGGACAUCUGGUACCUCUCCUGUACGACAAGCCCUUCGAGGAUCAGGUAGAGGAUGGUGGAGAGGUGGUAUUAUCAAUUGAACAAGCCUCAUUUAUUUAGAUUGCUUUGUAUGUAGCUGGUGGUUUAGGAAAAAUGAGCUAUGCAGUCGAUGCACAU